AUGCCACCUCACGCCUCGACCUCGCCUCGUAAGAAGGCCGGCAAGGCGCCUGGGGCGAAGAAGAAGCCAGCAUCGACUCGCUGCCUCAUCACAUCGCUUCCCUCCGACCUCUACCCGAGCAUCUUCCACGAAGCGAUCGACCACGACAACUUUGUCUUAUGUCGCGCGCUCCUGCCGCACACGCUGGCGGAGCUGUAUCGCCUUGUCGAGCUCUCCGACGUCGAUGUCCUCGUUCAGUUCGCUGCCGCUGUCAUGCGGAGACCUUGGUUGGUGGAAGAAGUGCGGGAGAUCAUGUUGCGCGACGACGACGCGGUGGACGACUGUUCGGGCGAGAUUCUCUGGGCAACGACGGGACUUUUGGGCGGGUAUGGACAGCUCGGGACGUUUGACGCGCUGAAAGUCGCGCAGGACGUCCUUACCGACCUCUCGCCCUCCUUCAACGUUGUUGGGAUGUACUUCAUUCGACCUCUCCUGCUGAACGACUCCCUUCUUCAGGACCGGUGGCCCCGCCUUAAUACCAUCAUCCUCAACCUGGAUGAAGCGGACGACGGGUGGACAUACACUUCCGACGCCGAGCUCGUGCACAGCCUCGCCAAGGUCGCGACACUCGAGCACCUCGUCUUCCGUUUCGCUCCGCACGAUCUUCCUAUCGACCUCCUCAACUUGGGGCCGCGAGUCAGCGUGCCGGCGCGCAGUCUUCGCCUGCGGAGCUUCGCCGUCGAGAAGCACUUUCGCAUCGGGCGCGACAUCCGAGUCCUGCUGGCUGGACUCGCAGCCGACUGCCUGCGAACGGUCAAGAUUGAGGGCCUCCUCGCCUAUCCGGAUAUCAUGCACGACCUCGCCCUUCUUCCGCCGACAGUCGACCACCUCGACUUGAAACUCGGCAAUAACUGCCCAUACUACGAUCAUUCCGCGAAGCACCCGAAACUCGCCGACAUCGCUUGGCACAUGCCUUCCCUCGAACACCUGCAUCUCGGAGGCGACAUCGUCAGUCGAGCGACCUUCGACGUUAUCUACGCCCUGCCACGGCUGUACUGUCUCUCCCUCUCCCAGCACACCUCGAUCGACGCCGACCGCCUUCUCUCCCUCUUACGCGGCGGACCUUCGACUUGGCCUCGCAUCCGCCGCCUCACGGUGUCGAUCUGCGAGUGUCCCGAACCCGCGAAGGGACCAUCAACGCGAUGCCUGGAGCAUACAGCACAGUCGAAGACACCGAACUGGCCGCCGAACUUCGGCGAGAACGACGCGAAGCAGCUCGUCCAGAUCUGCAAUGGCAAGGACAUCAGGCUCAGCGGAUCUAUCCUGUGCGCGACGGGCGAGUGCGACAGUGACGACGAGCACGACUGUCCGGGAUGGGGGACGGAGCGGAUAGUCGAGGCGAGGCGGAGGAAGAGGAAGGUCGAGGACUAG